GACGUCAGACCCGGCGCAGGAAUGAGGCAACUGGGCUGAUGUCCCUUCUAGCAGCACAGGCAGCUGGGCCUGAGGAAUGCAAAACUACAUCCCUGCGGGUAGGCAGAGACAGAGACACGGAGAAACAAAAGCAAAGCGAGAUCCAAUGGGGACAGUGGCAGUGGGGCACCGAGACUGCAGCUUCCAUUCCAGCCCCGCGAGCUUCACUUCUCCCACUGCUGAGCAAUGGCACCUCCCACCGCUACAUUCUCGGCAGAAGCCCGCCCUCUCGCGGACUAACCUUCCCCAGCUGAUUGCGGCUGGAGCUGCCCAGCCGAGUCCAGCGGGUCGUGAGAACCACUCUAGACUCGAAAGUGGGAUCUGGCCGUGGUGCUGACCGAGCAGAUCGGUUCGGGAGUGGCUCCUGACCAGACUCAGGCAGCGUCCUGCGACACUCCCUGCCCCAGCGCUAACAGCACUGGAAGCAUGGAGCUGAAGAGAGGAAAGACUUUCAUCAAAUCCAGCUUUCACAUUUCUCAUGAGAAGUCCCCAGGCCCAGCAGCAACUGCCCCAGCCUGGGACGAUGCAGACCCCUGGUCAGUCUCACCUGGAGGGCAGCAGCAGAUCCAUGGUGAAAGAGGCCCACAAGCCAGUCCUAAUACCCACGGAUAUAACAUAUACUCCAAAAAGGGAGCACAGCCAGAGCCUGAGGGUGGUGCCACAGACCUCUGUGGUGCCACCUUCAAAUUGGUAUGGAAGAGCAAGACUCACAACAGUGUGUCUGGGGCUGGCAGGAUGGUCGCAGCCACAAGGCAACUGGUAGGCAGCACGAGCUUCCCAGGGCCCUCUGGCAGCCAGCGCAUUAUUGAUUACCGCCACUUUGUGCCCCAAAUGCCUUUUGUGCCAGCCGUGGCUAAGAGCAUCCCAAGGAAGAGGAUUUCCCUGAAACGACCCAAGAAGUGCUUUCGGAACCUAUUCCACAUUCAUAAAAACAAGACUGAGAACUUGGCUUCACUGGAAACCAGGGGAAAGAGCCUGCCUUCCCCCAGAAUCCCAUCAGAGGCUGGAGGGCAGCGAGGCAAAGCCUUUUUCCCCUUGGGUGAGGGACUGGGGCUGGAUGGCUUGUGCCAGGACCUAUCUGACAGUGAGUUCCUGCCUGACUCCUCUUUCGACUUCUGCAGGGCCCUGUGUGAGGACGUGGCUUCACUUAAGAGCUUUGACUCACUCACAGGCUGCGGGGAGAUCUUUGCGGAUGAAAGCUCAGUGCCAUUCCUGGAGCUGAAUGAGGGCUUAGAGAGCUCAGCCAAGUCAUCGCAGGCCCUUGAGAGCAAGGUUUCUAGUGGCCCCUUCCAGGGCAGCGUGGAGAAGCUGGUGUCUCCUGCCCAGGAUGACAUGUCUGACUUUGCCAAGUUCUGGGAUAGUGUGAAUCACUCUGUGAGGCAACAACAGCACACCCAACUGAGCCCAUGGCUGGAGGGUCCUCAGGGAACGGAUACAGCCCAACCUGGGCUUGAUUCAGCUGGGCUCAUUGAGUUCCCUCUGUGUCCCUGCAGGGACCUCUUCAGUGGCUCCAAAGCCAGCUCCAUAAACACAGGCACCACCAGGAGCGAGCAGCCAGAAUCUGUGUCCACAAGUGACGAGGGCUACUACGAUGCCUUUUCAUCUAGCCUUGAGGAGGAUAGGAAGGAAGCCAUGAGCCCAGGCACCCCUGCAGCUGCCUUCCCUCGGGAGAGCUAUAGUGGAGAUGCCCUCUAUGAGCUUUUCUGUGACCCUAGUGAGGGCCCUGUUGGCCUUGAUGAUGACCUGUGCGUGUCUGAGAGUCUCUCAGAGCCAGCACUGGGAAUGCCACUGUCUAUUUGCAGCUUCCACAUGGGGGCAGAGGAGGACUUGGCCUCGGGACCAAGCCCAGACCUGCUCAGCCAGGGUUUCUUGCAGAGCUCCUGGAAGGGCAAGGAGUGCCUGCUGAAGCUCUGUGACACUGAACUCACCAUCACCAUGGGUAUUAUCAACUGGCUUCGCCGUAGUCCUGAGCUCCAUGCUCCUCCUAUCUCAACCCCUGGGGAUCCUGCAACCCCAUUCAGGGGAUUGGUGGAGAAUCUGGGAGCUGGCUCUGAGAAGAAAGGUCCAGGUCUAGUGAAGCUGGAGGUCAGGGGGGCCCAUGCCUCAGAUGCAGGUGGGAUCACAGUAAGCUCAAGACCUAGUAGGCAGGAGCUGUGGGCACAUUUGGGUACCAAGAGCCUGCUUGUUAGAGAGAGCAAGGUUUUAGCACGGCCUGAGCAGGAGACCAGCUCUCUGUCCAGGGACCCAUCUAUGAAGUGUGUGCAGGUCUCAGGGGAAGAAGGGACACGAGGUUGCCACGAAGGUUUGUUCUCCUCUUUGGGAUCCGCAAUCUCCAUGAUGACAGGCACUUCUAGCCCAAACAAGAUCAAAAAUAAGAUCAUAAACCCCUUUGCCUGGCCCCACUCCCAGGAGCUAAGGGCACCUGGAAAGAUGGGGUGUUUUCGAGAUCAGCAAAGGCCAGGUCUUAGGGAAAGUACUCUGGAUACAGAGCCCUCCCUGAAAGAUUGUGUGGCCAAGGUUGCAGCCCUACAGAUCCACCCAGACUGCAAGCCUUAUUCUGUGCAGCCCCCAAGGCAGGACACAAGCAGUAGGCUCUGUAGGCAGCCUCAGGCCAGGGACAUUACCAUUUCACAGCAGAAACAGUCUAACAGCUUUCCUGGAGUGGCUGCCAUCUGUAGCCUGCCCUCCUUGACCAGCCCACUCCACAGCCCACAGGAUCAGAAGUGCCCAGGCCUUUUCCUGGACAUAAGCCAGCUCAGGAUGGAGCUCACCAGGCUGGAUGCCCAGGCCCAUGCCUCAGUGGAGGAGCAGUACUUGUAGCUCAGCUUGAAGGCCAGGAAGCAGGUGGCACGUAGGGAUCAGUUGAACUUUAGUACUCUUGGCCCUGCUACCUGGCUGAGCCCCUGGGGCCACCUGUCAGGACUCAUGAGCCUCACUUCAUCAUAGCCAAUAUGAGAGGGUUUCCUCUGCAAGUACCCAGAAAGCUGCUGCAGCUUCCUGACUCACAGGGGCCUCCUCUGCAACCAACCAGAAGUAGAGGCCCCCAGGUCAGCCAACUUGAAACUCCCACUGCAGGAUGACCUUGCAGUCACCAGAAGCUGCAUCUUUGUGGCCACAUUCAAGAGAACCUAAGACCAAAAUCUCCAUCCUUUGUCCUUGAUAUGAGAACUGUGUUUGGGGAAGAUGGGUUGGCAGGACUCAGGCAAGUAGGGCAGGGCAUUUUAUUGUGAAGGCAGAACCAACAAGCUCAUCCAGACCAGGUACUGACAGCCUAAGACCAAGGAAAGCUGGGAAGCUGCCAGCACUUUCAAAAUGUGUCUCACUGAUUUCCUACAAGGAAAUAAAGAAUUUAUUCCCAGUGUUGGCUGUUCCUUAUACAGCAUGCCAGAGAGGAGCUCAGGCUUGAAACUGAUGGGAAGGAAACAUCCAUAUUGUGAAUGGGAAGUGAAGGAGCCAAUAAGUUUGCAUAAGGGUUGAGAAUAAUAAAUGAGUGAGUGUGGGGUCCAAGACUCAGAUGUGGGACAUUGAGAGUUGGUGACAGGCAAGAUACAGGGCCACAGAUAAGCUUUGGAAUACCCUCUGGUCCCACCCCAGCCUGCUCUCUGCCCCCAGAACAAGCAGCCAUGAAGUACUGGAAGCCUGAAAGGACUUUUCUGUGUGAAUAAGAAGGACCACCUUCAUCUCAGCAAGAGCCUUGAACAAACAGACACCAUAUAUUACUGUGCAAUAUAGCCACCUGCCUCUGGCCAAAAAUCGUCCCA